UUUUAUUUCAUACCCUCAAUGGUAAACAGUCAGUAUUUUACCCUCAAUUGACAAUCCGCGACCACCAAUAUGAAGCGCAAAGGAGUCGGAAACGGAGACUCUCCUUCCAAAAGGCGCAACACGGCCAUCGAUGGCCCUGAAGCCUUGAGAUCAGCCUUCCGACCUGAUCUCUUCGGCAAAGACACUCUUCAAUCGUUCCGCAAGAGUUAUGCAGGUUCAGGACCCUACCCUCAUGCGGUUGUACCCUCCCUGAUCCAAGAAUCCCUUCUCCGCUCCGUUCGCAGCGAGAUCAUAGCCCACAUUCACUUCACCCAGAAAGAAACGGACAUCUACCGAAUCCACCAGUCGGGCGACCUUGCGAACCUGUCUAACCUCGACGCCGAGUCCCUCAAACACCUGCCCAGUCUUGUACAUUUGCGAGAUGCGUUGUACAGCUCCGACUUUCGAGAAUGGGUCUCCACAGUCACGGGUGCAGGCAAAGUGUCAGGGAAGAAGACGGACAUGGCUGUCAAUGUGUAUACGCCAGGCAGUUACCUUCUGUGCCACGACGAUGUCAUUGGGAGCAGACGAGUCAGUUAUAUUCUAUACCUGACGGAUCCCGACCAUCCCUGGCAACCAGAAUGGGGCGGUGGAUUGAGGCUGUACCCAACCGAGACCAAGCAGAACAAGGCGGGUGAGAACAUCCAGGUCCCGCUUGCGGAGCACAGCUUGAACAUCCCUCCAUCGUUCGGACAGUUGAGUUUCUUCGCGGUACGACCAGGCGAGAGUUACCAUGAUGUCGAGGAAGUGUAUCAUGGAUCUGAUCCAGAGGCGGAUGGUGGACGGAUUCGCAUGGCCAUCAGUGGAUGGUACCACAUCCCGCAAGAAGGAGAGGAUGGGUUCGAAGAAGGCAUCGAGCAAAAGCAGGUGCAUAGGUCCACUCUCGCACAACUCAAGAGCGCAGACAAUGAAUUCGACGAACCACAAUUGAUAUACCGCCACUUCGAUGAGCCACGGAAAGUCAUGGACAGCCAUGCAGACCACGAGGAAGUGGACCCCGGCGACAAGGACGACACGGACGAUGACCUGCUGACGGAGCAAGACCUGACGUUCCUGCUGCAUUACAUGACGCCGCACUACCUCACGCCGGAUAUGAUUGAGGAUUUUUCAUCAUCCUUCGCAGACUUAUCCAUGCUUCAGUUGGAGCAAUUUUUCAACCCAACCUUCGCCAAUGAGCUCAAGGAGUAUAUCAGCGCUGUGGAAAAUGAAGAGUCCGAGCCGAAAUCGUCGAAAUCGUCACAUCCGUCUCACUGGGGUGUGGCUCGGCCUCCGCAUAAACAUCGCUACGCGUAUUUGCAGGGCGCUGAGGCACUGCACCGCGAUAAGACGCCCAUCUCUCGUGUUCUGACUGACUUGCUCCAUUCUCACGCGUUUAAGAAGUGGUUGGCUUUGGUGACGGGUCUCAAAACCAAGAGUCUCAUCCGCCAGAAUGCGAUUGCCAGGAGAUUCCGGCGCGGAAAGGACUAUGCAUUGGCGAAUCCGUUCCAGGGCGAACAGCCGCAAAUCGAAUUUACCAUUUCCAUCACGCCCACCGAGGGAUGGGAGAGGGCCGACGAAGAUGGGGAGGAAGAUCAGAAAGCGAAAAAGGCCAAAAAGGCUCUAAAUGGCCAGAACGGCCAUACUGAUAGAAGCAAAGGAAAGGGUAAGCAGAAAGCAGUUGAGCCGGAGAAAGUACAGGUCUCGACGUCUACGGAGAUCGAAUACGGGGGUGAAGAAGUCUACAUGGCGGGCGACGACGAUGACAAUGUCUCGGUGCAUUCAAAGUCGUUGCCCAAUGUUGGAAAGAAGACUGAUCCGGCGGUGUACAAGUCUUCUAUGGGCGAGACUGAUGACGAUGAUGGGAUCUUGUUUACCAAUCCGGCCUCUUGGAACCGGUUUAGUAUUGUGUUGAGGGACAAGGGGACGUUAAGGUUCGUCAAGUAUGUAAGUCAAGCGGCGGACGGGGAUCGGUGGGAUAUCAAAGGGGAAGUCGAGGUUGGAGAAGAUGCUUGGGAUGAUGGAGAGAAUGGAGAAGGACUUAAUGUUGACUUUGAUGAUGAAGACGAAGAUGAAGAGGAGGACGAUGAAGGGAUAGAUGAUGAUGAUGAUGAGGACGAAGAAGAUGACGGAUGAAGAUUGAAAUGAUUGAUGACUCCUGAACAUGAAGCU